AUGGCCGCUGUGUUCAUCCCACCUUCUCCUCGAACCUCCGUGAACAUGUCGACUCGACGCCCUCUCGCCAACGUGCCGAAUGCAACCAAUUCUCCCCACAGGGCAGGGCUCCUGCCGGCCAAACGAGCUCGGUCUGGACAGCUUGAAAUUCCCUAUGGCCAGCCUCCGCCCAAGAAGCAGGUGAUGGACGCGGUGGAUCAAGAAACUCGGUCCCCUUCGCGAAACCGGUCGACGGCCUACCAGAGCACCGAGUCGAAGCUUUUCUCGAGACGGUCCAACAAUCCCAAUCCUAGUGCUUUCGAGAAGAAGCUGGUUGCUGCUCGUGAAAAGGAUCGCACUUCGCAGUUAAAGACGGCCAGAGGCGAGAAGCCCUCCACGGACACCAUGGACACAAUUCGACAGUGGCAACGGCAUUACCGUAAGGCAUUCCCGCAGUUUGUCUUUUACUUUGACAGUAUUCCGGAGGAUGUGCGUCGGAAGUUCUCUCGUCAGGUUGUUGCUCUAGGAGCUCGUGAGGAAAAAUUCUUCUCUCGUCUGGUCACUCAUGUCGUCACUUCGCGUCCAAUUCCACCAGAAGCCUCUACAACCCCGACCGAGGAGACGGCAACUGGAACCGAUGGCGAGGCCAAUAUGCAAACAGUAAACCCUUCUUUACUGGAAAAGAACGGUGACGCCCACCUGCAGCCUUCACUAAAAAAUGAUACGCGUCGGGAUCAAGGGACCAUGGAUGUUUUGCAGAGAGCUCGGCAGAUGGGUAUGAAGAUUUGGGCAUUGGAAAAGCUUCAGCGCAUGAUCACAACAAUCAAUGACAAUGACAUCGGUGGUCAGAAUGAUGCCUCCCGGAGUAAAGCAGCCGCUACGGCCAACGGGCGUGGUGAAAACGAUCUGUCGCGUGUUCUUCGUCAGGAGGCUCUGAAUGGACCCUCUGACCGUGAUCCAUUGUCAUCGAUGGAGUUGUGCAUGUUCAAGGGGCCUUUCGUCUACAUCCACGACAUGAACGAGAAGACGAAGCCGGUUAUGGUCCGAGAGUACGCCAAAGUUACCCGACGCCAGGAUGGAGUCUGGCCACAGUUCCGAAGUGCGCCCUUGGGCAAGUGUCCAUUCAUCGAUGAGCCUCCGAGCCGCAAGGAAUUUGACCGUCACCGCAUGCGCCAAAUCCAAAAGGAGAAGAAAUCGGCUCUGCAGAACAUGGACGAUCAUCGCACCAAAGCAUCGGCUGCUGCCGCCGAGCGGGCUAUCGACACCAACUUGGUGACUGAACUGCACAAGCCCAAACGGUCGGAAGAGCAACAGCCCCAUCAACCCGAGGCCCCGGCAAAGGCUUUGACCGACGAAUCCCACGAGCGCAAGAGCUCAGAGAGCUUCAUUCCUCCUCAUUUCCCCGAACCGGCCCCUUCUACACCGGCCAUGAUUUCAUCAACCGCCGCCGCACCAGGAGCGAAGGCAGGUCUGAGUAAGGAAGUUCACGGCUUGAAGAGGAAGGUCCUCGAAAAGGGCAGCGGCAUUGGAUCGAUGGCUGCUCCGCAACGUCCCAUCAACGGGUCCGCCGUCCCCGUUAAGGCUCAAACCUUGACCAAACCCAUUGUUCAUGAGAAGAAUGGCCGCUCCCAGGAGGACAGUGGGAACCAAGUAGACGCCGCUGGCACGAAGCGUCGUCGGGAUGAAGAUCAGGACAAUGAGCAGAAGAAGCCAGAGCGGCGUCGAGAUCCAAAGCCUGGCUAUUGUGAGAACUGCCGUGAUAAGUUCGAUGACUUUGAAGAGCACACUCUGACCCGAAAGCACCGCCGCUUUGCCCAGAACACGGCCAACUGGGCCGAACUUGAUGCCCUGUUGUUUGAGAUCCAACGUCCUUUGAAGGAAGAGUACGAAUUUGACGAUUGA